AUGAAAAGAAAUAUUUUAAAACACCUAAAAGUACUCAUCAGGAGUUUGGACUUAUUUGGAACUCCUAUAAAGCUGACAUUCAAAAAUAAGUCAACAUAUACUUCUCUUUUCGGAGGCUUCGUGAGUUUAAUUAUGAUGAUAUGGUAUCUAUACUUGGUUAUUUCUAGUUUCAUUUCAAUGGUAAAUAGAGAUUUUCAUUCGAUAAGCAAAUCAGUUGAUAUUAGAAAUCAAGCUGUUGAUAAAAGAGCGGUUACAUUAACUUCUUAGAAUUUUGAUGUCGGAGCUUAAGUGUUAAACUUAAAUUAGACUGAAGUUGAUGCUUACGAAUACGUGUCUCUAAGUCUCGUAAAUACAUUCUUUUUUUACGAUGGUUAAAAUCUAACUUAUAAUGAAACUCUAGAUUAUUUGACUAUCUUUGCUGGAAACUAUUUUUGUCCGUCAUCUAAUUAUUCAGUAGAAAUUGUAGGAUAAAUGGUUUCCAAAAUUUCUAAAACAAUGAGUAUCAGAGUAGGAGUCUGCACAUAAGAUUGGCUAAAAAUUAUUUAUGGAGCGAACACAACUAAAAAAUGCAAAACUCCUCUAGAAACUAUUUAAAAUUUGCAAUACUUAGCUUUAAAUUCUAUUUUAACACAGCAAAAUUUUGAUGAAUCAGAUUUUGAAAACCCAAUAAAGAAUCAUUUGAAAGUCGACUUUUUUUAAUUGAGCUCAGUUACAGGUUAAUGGUUUGUUUCAAAGAUUACUUAGAACUUUGCUAUUUUAAGUGAUUCCUAUGUUUACUAGGAUGUUUUAGGAGAACUUGGAGGAUAAUUUACAAUCGUAUUUGGUGUAGUUUCAGUUUUAAUUAAGAAUUUUGAGGAAUUUAUGUUUUUCAAGAAGCUACUGAAAAGCCUUUAUCUAAUUGACAAAAAUUGGAUUUAAAUGAGAGGUGUAAAACAAGAUAAAGAUAAUAAAAAUAAUAAUAAAGACAAAGUUUAAGAUGAUUUAAAAGAUUAAAAUUAAAUGCGAGAAUGGGAUUUUUCUACGCAAAAUCAUGAUUUACAUCGGUUGAAAUUCAAAGAUAAUUUAAAUGGUAUUAAUAGAGAAUCAGUCUGCAAAAAAAUGUUAAUGAAUUCAGGAUAAAGCUCAACAGAGGCAUUACUUACCCCUGUAUAGCCUUAGAUUAUUAAAAAAGAAGCCAUUCUUUAUGUUUCAGCGAUUGCUGUCAUAGUUUUAAGCUUGGAAUUGUUGUUUGGAUAAGGGGGAAAUUAAGUUAUUCUGCAGAGCAAGAAUAAAAUAUCAAUGGUGGAGUACUCCAAAGUUCUUGAUAUUCCUGGCUCUAACUUUGUUAAUGUCUUUGUCGACAAUGAUUCUGCAAAGGGACUCUCAUUUAAGUUAGGUGAGAAUAAAGAAAUAACAUUAAAACUAAGAGCAUACAAUCAUGAGGAUGAUACAUGGUAAGAUGAGAUAGUGCAAAGUGUCAUCACAGUGCUUAAAGUUAAUGCAAAUGGGAAAAGAGUUACUAUUACUCAUGAGGGUGAUUUAAUAGUUGAAAGUACAAAUGGCUUUUAGUAUGUUGUUAGUGGAGUACAAGAUGCAGCUCUUGAUAGUAAAGGAAAAGUCUUUGCUAUUGUAACCAAAGAUCUAGUGGAAUUCGAAAAUAAAUUUGAAAGUGAAAAAAAUGGAGUGCAGCUCUACUCAAAUAAAGAUUAUAGAAGCAUUGAGGUUUAUCAAGAUAGAGCUGUCCUAGUAAAAGUUGACGGAAGCCUAGAAGGCUUCAGCUAACUAUGUGUAAAGGAGAUUAGUGUUGGUUCUAAAUAUGAAGAGGGGCUUUUCGCCUUAAGUUGCUGGUCUGAUCCAUAAUUGAAUUUGUUUCAAUUGUUAAGAUGGAGCGAUUCUUUGAAUGAUUGGGAGAAAGUAGACAAUGUUUUUGCAGACAAGAUUGCUGCUGAAUCUUAUACCAAAAUUUACAUACAAGGCUAUUAUAGUAUUUCAGAGCUUACUUUAAUAGAUUGA